AUGGCUCUUUCCCUGCGAAGACGAAGCCUGACUCGUCUCCUUUUCCUCUUCACCGUCAUCUUCUUCCUGCGUCUUUUCUUCUUCUCAUCCUCUUCCUCAAGCACCGUUUCACCGAGUCUGAGAAUCCAAAAUGCGCACGAAAUCAAGGAACACAAUUUCUUCGAACGCGCGACGCGGCCGGAUAAGAGUCUCAAUGUUCAGAAGUAUAAGUUUCUGCAGUCGAGGAUGGGACGUGAUGACAGGGAGGACUUGUUCUCUGAUCUGGUGAGGAACGGCGCACGGGAUUAUUGGGAGCGUUUCCAGCUUCCUUACAUCACAGGCAGAGAGACAGCGCAUACAGAUGCUCAGACCGUUGUUUCGGCCAUAGACCAACUCCUUUCGUUGAAUGGCUGGGUGGCCGGUCUCUGUCCUACACUCGCACGUCCGUUCGGACAGAACCAACAUCACAGUGCCUACGACGACCUUGUCAAAGAGAACCAUCUUUACUACGUCGCUAUAGUCAUCCACUCCGCCGACCACUUCCUGGUCGAUCAACUAUCCGUCAUCGUCCAGAUGGUUAAACGCUUAGGGACACAAAAUGUUUUCGUUUCGAUGCUCGACUACGACUCGACGGAUUCUACGGAGACGCUGACAGACUUGUGUGAAGCGGUGUUGACGUUACUUGGAGUCCCGUAUCGAAUUAGACGCGUCCCUUCCAUGACGGCGGAUCCUGUGGCUGCAUAUUAUCCAUCAGAGGAGGCGCACAUGAAGAAUCUGGCUUUAGAACCUUUGUUCGAAUUGUACCACCGAAGGAGCCUGAAGUUUGAUCGAGUCAUUUGGCUGAAGGGUUUUACGUGCCCCAACGACAUACUGGAAACAAUCAAAGUCAGUUUCAUCAAUGACGCUGCUAUGGUCUGUGGUAUGGACUGGGCAGAGCACAAUGGAUUCUUCAUUUUCUCAGACCGAUGGCGAACUCGUGACAUAGAUGGCGACCAGUUUCGUCAGUCAAAGUCGUCGUCUUCGAAGGAAGAUACAGUACCGCCUCGCGACAAAGUCGGGGCCUCUCGUUACGCCCAAUACCUCCCUUUCCAAGUAUUUUGCUGCGAAUCGGGAACGCACGUCGUCGACCCGGAGCAAUCUUACUAUAAAGGCAUCACGUAUCGUUCUGGCUGGGAAACAGGGGACGUGCACAACGUUACGAACGGAGGCUCACUCCCCUCGCGUGAUCCAGAUAGCCCUUGCUUGGACAGCAGUCAAGCGUGGUUCUGCAGAGAUUUAUGGGUCCAUACGGCUGGAGAGGGAAUGAACGAGAUGGAUCACGGUAUCGCUGAUUCCGAACGACUGAAAAAGCGACAGGAGAAAGUUGCUGCUGCUCAGGCUGAAGAGAAGAAGAAUGAACCCGCAGCUGACGAUGCAAAGAAAGUCCCAGGACCUGCAGCAGGACCUGAAGGCGUCGACGAAAGCGUGCGCACCCCCCAAAGCGACGAAGAUGCCAACGCCGGCUCGGACUUUGACGCCAUGCCUGAUUCAGAGGACGUUCCUAUGAACGACGUGACACCCCUCAAGUUGACUAUCCCCAAUGGGGCCUAUCGCCCCGCGAGGAUACUGGUGAAUCCCCGAUGCGUGACGACGUACGCAGGCGUCAGUCAUACGCAGUUGGCCUUGGAUCUAUUCGGCCCACAGAGAGAAGAGGAGGAGAAGACUGCUGAGGCUGGAGAUUAUGUGCUAGAAGACUGGGAAGGGGCACCAGAGAGCUUUGUUUGCCAAGAACAGAGGCAAACCGGUGGCAGAAAGGCUACGAAGACUCAAAGGAGGCUAGGGUUCUCUAUUCACGAUGAAUUGCAUCGGAGUUAUGGCUCGUGA